ACCGAGUCCACCCUCCACAGGCCACCGGGAAGGAACCACCGGCUCCCGUUGGCUCGGCUCGGCUCAGCUCAGCCCGCCACCGCCGUCCCUCCCCGCGACCGCGAUCCAGAUCCAGCCAGCUGCGCGCGUCGGCGUUGCCCCUUCCCCCUCGACGCCACUGCCGUGGAGUGGGGAUCAUCCGCCUGAACCGGGUCAACCGCUUCGUUCCUUGGUGGUGGGUAGCUGAUCGGGGGAGUUCGGAACCUUGCACUUACAGCUAUGUUCUCCUUGUUCUAUGGUCUAUGGAAGCAUGUCUUCAGCAAGACAGAGUUCCAUGUGCUUAUCCUCGGAGUUCACAAGUCUGGCAAGACGACCUUGCUAGAAAAGUUGAAGUCGAUCUACUUGAAGGGAGAAGGGCUUCCGCAUGAUCGUAUUGUUCCAACAGUUGGGCUUAAUAUUGGGCGUAUUGAAGAUGCGAAUGUAAAGCUUGUUUUCUGGGAUCUGGGAGGCCAGCCUGGCCUGCGAACAAUAUGGGAGAAAUAUUAUGAGGAGGCCCAUGCUGUAAUAUAUGUUAUCGACUCUGCUUCUGCAUCUUCAUUUGAGGAUGCUAAAUCUGCUCUCGAGAAAGUUCUCCGCCAUGAAGAUCUGCAUGGAGCGCCAAUACUCAUAUUUGCAAACAAGCAGGAUUCACCAGCAGCUGUCACGGAGGAAGAAUUGGCUAGACAUCUGCAUCUUAAGGAGUUAGAUGAGAGGCCAUGCAUGUUCCAGGCUGGAUCUGCCUUCGAUGGGACUGGGAUCAAACAUGGUGUUGACUGGUUGGUGGAGGAAAUGGAAAGGAGUAAACGCACUGAGGCACUAAGGGCGCGUACAGAAGCAGCUGGGAAGAUUUAACACCUCAACUCAGGCUAUCACCUGUGAUUUUCCAGAAUGCAAAGCAUCUGAGGAUGGCUCCUAUUAAAUCCAUGAAUAGAGACAAUUGUUCGGGUGGAGCCUCAUCUUUUCAGUCAGGCCCCAGGGUGCCCCCAGAAAAGAUUUCUUGGUUGAGCUGCUCUUGCAGUUUUGUCGUAGGAUGUCCAUUGUAGCAAUGGCAGGGCCGCAGGGGUGACCGUUGAUUGGGUUUGUUGACCUGCGUAGCACUUAAGAUUGUGUAUCUAAAGUUGUAGGGGUUCGUGUUCAUGUGAUUAUGCAUGGAUAUACUGAGUGACAGCAUGGAGCAUAAAGAUGAUUUGUACAUUCGUCAUGUUCAUCGAAUGUCUUAUGACUUUCAUCAAAAGAAAGAUACAGCGAGAUAUCAAUCGCAAUAGAUGUUCUCCUAUCCAAAA